UUUCCAAUGGAGAAUUGCUGCCUAUCCUUGUGGCCGCGUGUUGGACCGUCAGACCGUCAUCACAAGUGAAGAAUCCAUCUGCUUCAACAGCUGUCCGUGACUUGGAAACUUGUGCAAGUAAGUGAGGAAGAGGAUGGGCACGAUGCUCCUAAAAAAAGACGCCGCCGUAGUCAAUAAUCUCCCAGUUCAGCAAACCCACGGAUCCAUCCAAUAUCUCCCAUCUCCCAUCUCCAAUCUCCAACCCAUCCCCAGUCAUCCUUGACCACCAACCACGCGGACAUCAGUGCGAGAAUACGCAGUGAACGAUGGUCACCAAGCACAUAGCAAGUGCGGCUCCCAAUAAUCCCUGCGCCACUGUCACCAGCACACCGGGGACCCACCAUCGGAUGUCCAUCCCAGCAGCCCACGCGAUGAGUCCAUGUCCAGCGCCCACCCAUAAGCAACGUUACGCAGUACAGUGCAUACUUAGUACAGGGGAAGCGUCCGUGCGCACAUGUAGCGAGAGAGGCUCAGGAUGACUGUUCUGCUCUCUAUUCCUGGCUUCCUCGCAUACAAUUGCCAUGCAGCAGCUGGCAACCAUUUGCUCCCCUUGCUUUGCUGAAAGCACCUGCGUGCCCCAUUUCAUAUUUGGAAACGCACGAACCCUGAUUUUCCGUCCCUCCUCCGUCGGUCCGCCGUCCAUGGGUCGUGGCGGCGGCACUCCUGGUGGAUACCACGUAAACGGUGCACUACCGGUGAAUAAAUAAAGAAAUGGCAAUAAAGAAACACAAAAAGAAAUCAUGUAUAUGUGCAACAGCGCUAGAAUAUCGAAUAACCACUUCAUUCGUGUUGGGUAAUGGGUCAUGGCAUGUAUGCUGCUGCAGCUGCUGCAGUCCAUCGCGAAUAUGAUGAGCAGCUACCUGCAACCCCAGGAACCCGAGUAACCAAACGAACAGCCCAAUCCGCAAAGCAUACGGUAAAGAAAGAAAAGGAAAAAAAAUCAUUCCCCCGGUAAUCACCCCCUGCUCAAGUAUUCAGACAUUAUUUUUGUUCUCACUCUUGUGCCCGACAGGGUACAGGGGCUGAGAUUACUAGAUGGUGAAGGGGUACCAGCGGCCGGUAAGGAUGGAUUAGACUGCCUGAGCGCGAGCGCCUGGGUGGCUUGCAUUGCCUUCUUCCGCCGUUGCGUAAACGCCUUUGGAACAUGGAUGAUGGAGCAUGCGUGUGUGUCCACGGGUGUGGAAGGCUAGGGGACCAGGUAUCGUACCGCAAAAGAGGUGUUGUAUAAAGGUGCCUGGACGGGAGGCCGUAGUGGUUAGGCAGUCACUUCAAUUCCACCAUCUUCGUCUACGAUAGCGCGCAUUCGCAUACCAUCACUACAUUAUACUAUUACCCGCAAACCAUCUACACACACUCCCUUCAAUUGGAAUAGCUUCAGCAAACCAGAACUCCAAGCAGCUUUUCUAACAUCCCCGCCUAUUUCCUCAUCCUGUUUUUGAUUUAUAAGGCAACCUUUCUCUCUUUGAGUCAGUCGUUCUUCUAUAUCUUCCUAGUCAUCCCACCCACCCAUCAUCGUCAUUAGUAAAACAUAAGCACUCUCGAAAGACUCAUUCCUGCCUUUCGUUGCUAUUCCAUUGCUUUCGAUCAACAUCCAACCUACCACCAACCAAGAGACCUCUUCAAAUCACAAACACUUUCCAUCACAAACCGCAUAAAUGGGCCGUGGAGGUUACAACUAAGCGACAUCUAUAAAGACCUCAACAUCCCGCCACCUAACUUAAGGAUAACAACCACACUCGAAACAACAAUCGCCACCACCAAAGAAUUCAAAACCUCUACAUAUCAUAAACAUCAUUCUCAAACAUGGCCGGACGCGGAGGCUACAACUAAGUGGCAAGGCAACAUCACUCGCCAUCGCCACCUCGCAACCACAGCAUAUUACAAGACUACCACAUGCUCUGUACUCGAGGGCAAACAACCACUACACAAAUAUCGGGAAACGCGAAUCAUGCCUCGCAAGAUCCUCAACCUCGACGCCUCUUCCACUCCCACGAAAACACUCCGCAAAAAACGCGUGGAGCGGUGGCGCUCGUCACCC